AUGGUUAAUUGUACCUGGCCGGAAGGAAUCAUUGCGGAUAUCGAUCUGGUGCCCUGUGGCACUCUUAAUGGGACACAUCCAGUGCUACCAUGUUGCGCCCGCGGCGAUACCUGCCUCACCGAUAACAUUUGCGGAUAUAGUCACUCGACUCAGGGUGGGAGCGGAUAUUAUACCGCCGCAUGUACAGCGAAUUCCACUUCCUUUGACGAUACUGAGAACAAAUCUGUCUGUGUAAAUCGACGUGGUGAUACCUCAAUUUUCCCGAUAUUGUCUACGACUCAGGUGACGAUAUCUGGAAAUGCUGUGGUGGAACAUUCGAAAAACGAGAUUGCCAAUCUCCAUCAUCAGAAGACAGCUUCCACGCUGCCUCUCAAAAUGAUCUCAUCGCAUACUGGAUCCUCUUCAGGUUCCACAACUGUCACUGCAGAAAGUCAUCUAUCAGAUGAUGGCUCGUCCUCUCUAUCCACCGGGGCUAAAGCGGGUAUUGGGAUCGGUGCCGCGGUUGGGGGUAUUUUGCUCAUCACUGGGGCUUUCUUUCUCAUUCGUCGACGGCGCCAAAAGCACCAAGUCAUGCCAGUGACAGAGGGUCCGCUGCUAUCCCAAUCACCCUUUGCUAGCCCGCCACCGCAAGAGUUAUCGGCGACACACAAACGCCUAUCAGCGCAAGAGCUAGAAUGA